UAUCUCGCACGCCAUUCAUGCACAACGACAGGUACACGUGUUGACCGCCAUUUAUUGGAUCCGCAUUGAUGAUUGGCAUCCAACGAUCCAGUAUCGACAGAAUUCCCAACGAAAAUCAUCCACAACAAAGACGUUCGAUCGUGACUCGUCACUCAAAUCGUUCCACGACCACCACCACUAUCGACGCAUGGGCUUAGCGGGCCGAAAGGGAAAAUCAAGCAAACCCGUGGAGCUCUUGUCCCUGCACGCUCACCUCAAUCACAAUCAAAUCACAAGGAAAAAAAAGUUUUAGCCGACAUCCAAUAUCCUCCCCCCCCUGCACGGUUACCAGCCUUGUGCAGCACCUUACAGUACACCACCCCGAGACUCAAACCCUCCCGUGUUACCACAUUCUUCGCACGUACAUAAUCCUCUUUCCCUCCUCCCCCUCUUCCUUCCCACCAUGUCCUCCGCCGAACGACCAACUCACUCCGCCGCCGACCCUUCCGCAACAGCCUCCCAUCCUGGUCCCAACUCUCGCGACCCCACUACCGCUCCUGCCCAACAUGCCGCCCAGGGAGGACUCUCCACCACCCAUGCCGCCCGCGCCUCCGAACUCGCCAGUCUUAAGAGCACGCUGAAAGGUGGGCUGCGUCAAUUUCCCGACUUUCCUUCUCCGGGAAUCCUUUUUGAGGAUAUCAUGCCGCUCUUCUCCAACCACGACCUCCACACCAAUCUCAUUCGCGCUCUGGAAUUGGAAAUCGCUGGCAGAUUCGAGGGAGGGAUUGAUGUUAUUGUUGGUUUGGAGAGUCGGGGGUUUCUGUUCGGACCGACUUUAGCAUUGAAAUUGGGUGCGGGAUUCGUGCCUGUGAGGAAGCAGGGAAAACUGCCUGGACAAUGCGAAACGGAGGGAUUCAAGAAGGAGUAUGGCGAGGACUUUUUCCAGAUGCAGAGUGAUGCCGUCAAGCCGGGACAGAAGGUGGUGAUUGUGGAUGAUAUUAUCGCUACAGGUGGCUCCGCCGCAGCAGCCGGCAACCUCGUCACCAAACUCGGCGGCAAAGUUCUCGGAUACGUCUUCCUCAUGGAGCUGGACUUCCUCAAGGGUCGCGAUAAGCUCGAUGCACCGGUGUACACCCUCCUGAGUGGACAGGACGCUGCUCUCGGCUCUUAG